GUAGCCAAUGAAAUGGAGUAUGAUGAGAGACUUGCACUUUUCCGCCAAACUCGCCUCAACCCCUUUGAUCGUGGAGAGGAAGAGGAUGGUCCUCAAGAAGGCAAGACUCCCCCCAGACAUGGUAAAGUUGCCAAACACUUUUUGCUCACUUUUGUUUCUGUCUUCCUAGAAGCAAUGCCUGAGCUGUUUUCAGGGACCAGAACCCACAGUUUGGACCGGACCAUGGAUCUUGGUCUAGCUGAGGACCACUUCUCAAGGCCUGUGGGCUCUUUUGUGGCAUCGGAUAUUGAACAGCUGAAACUGGCCAUCGAGGAGUGUAAGAAGCUGAUCCUGGAGCUUCCCGAGCAUUCCGAGAGACAAAAGGACACCGUGGUGAAACUCAUCCACCUCCGCCUCAAACUGCAGGAACUCAAGGACCCAGAGGAAGAUGAGCCAAAUCUAAGAAUCCUACUUGAGCACCGCUUUUCCAAAGAGAAGAGCAAGAGUGUGAAACAGACCUGUGACAAGUGUAGCGCCAUCAUCUGGGGCCUCAUCCAGACCUGGUACACCUGCACAGGGUGCUAUUACCGUUGCCAUAGUAGGUGCAUGAACCUGAUCACUAAGCCCUGUGUCAGGUCAAAGGUCAGCCACCAGUCGGAGUAUGAACUCAGCAUCUGUCCAGAGAUUGGACUGGAUCGGCAAGAUUACCGCUGUGCAGAGUGUCGCACACCUAUAUCUCUGAGGGGUGUACCGAGCGAGGCCAGACAAUGUGACUACACAGGCCAGUACUACUGCAGCACGUGCCACUGGAACGACUCGGCCAUCGUCCCAGCCCGCGUCAUCCACAACUGGGAGUUCGAACCUCGUAAGGUUUGUCGGUCCUCUAUGCGCUACCUGGCACUGAUGUUGUCCCGGCCGGUGAUGAAGCUAAAAGAAAUUAACCCGCUGCUAUUCAACUUUGUGGAGGAACUGGUCGAGAUCAGGAAACUUCGUCAAGACAUCCUUCUGAUGAAGCCAUAUUUUAUUACCUGCAAGGAGGCGAUGGAGGCUCGGCUACUAUUACAACUACAAGAUCGCCAGCACUUUGUUGAGAAUGACGACAUGUACUCACUUCAGGAUUUGAUAGACAUCUCAAGUGGCAGACUCAGCUGCUCCCUCACUGAGAUCCACACCACAUUUGCUAAGCACAUCAAACUAGACUGCGAGCGCUGUCAGGCCAAAGGAUUCGUGUGUGAGCUUUGUAAGGAGGGAGACAUCCUGUUCCCCUUUGACAGCCACACCUCAGUGUGCCACGACUGCUCCGCUGUUUUCCACAGAGAUUGUUACUACGACAACUCCACGACCUGUCCACGCUGUGCCCGAAUGACGGAGCGUAAGCAGGACGAGGUGUCAGAUGCGUGA